GCUAAACUAUAUUCUACCCACUUCAAGUCUUCAAGUAUGUGUGUGUGUGUGUGUGUGUACGCGCGCGUUGCGUGCGUGCGGUCGUGCGGACACCUUGGGGGAGGGAGGUGUUGUGGGUGGAGAUGAACACAAUAAGAAUUAGCAACACAGUUCAGAGAUCUAGUGACAGUAUAACACAGAUGCAGAUCUAUGCCCCCAGCGUCUUCAAAUGAACAUGUGUGGAACAGAAACGUUUCGACACUACAUUUAUUUUUAACUUCCCCUCGUGAUAUAUAAACGUUUACAACCAUAUAAAACAUUUUUUUUUAGUUGUCACCAAGUCAGACAUUACGUGUCCCUGUCGUUACAGCACAAACGUUUCGUUCUCGUUCAUACGAAUAACAUCGAAUAUCCUGACCUCUGGAAACCCCGCUUCGAUUAACAAGGUGGAAACGGAUGGAUAACUUAGCCAAUAUUGUAGAUAAUACAUAUGCGAAUGAGCUUACAAAAACACGCCGAGAUCGUUUUCCUUUCCUGGUGGGCUUAUCUUACAGGAUGUCCUCUGAGCUCUCACAACUGGCACUGGUGGCACUGGUGCCUCAGUGGGGUCUGAAAGCAGUGCUUCCAAGGGGGGGACCAGCAGUGAUGUCGUGGACAAUCUGCAGGAGAGUUGGAGAUUGUCAGUUCUAGAAGAGAACACGCAGCCCAGAGACGAGAGAGAGAGACACACAGAGCGACGAACAAAGCUCUGACGUCGGACGGGAAACCGCUGAUACCAGCCCCCUUCCCACAACGUCAAGUACCAGUGAUCAUCAUGUGGGGGCUGGUGCUGUUGUUUCUGCUCUGUGCCGGCUUCCCCAUCUGCCGCGCCCAGACCCCAGGAAAGACAAGCUUCACGACGAAUCGAACUUGCAGUGUUAUACUAAGUUUGAAUGUUUCUUCUGGCGUCUUUGAGGUGUCCACCACAGCUGCAGCACCUGACACCCAACACACCUACCACCUCCUGACCACAGUGAAGAGCGGUAGUCACCUCUAUCUGCCCCAGAAGGGAUUCAUGGUUCCGGAAUCAUUCUUCGGGGGAUUCUCUCGUCCGCGCCCUACCUACUUUACUGAAUACAGUCUCUUGAGUGUCUUGGUGGAGUCUGAGGACUCUCGGCAGUGGAACACUUCUGGGGCAGCGUCCGUGGGCAGGCGCUAUUCCUGCUCGGCCUCCGCACCAACAUUAACCAGACCGACCUUCUGCCCGAGGCCCACCGCCACCCUGCCAUGCUAUCGCAUCGGACGAGGGUGGACGCCCAUCAUGCUGGCGUCCGUCCUGGGCGUCGUGUUCCUCAUCACGCUGUGUCUGGCCGCUCUGGCUUGUCUGCAGCACAAGGAAAUCUCCAGACUACAACAACGCAUAGAUAUUGUUUUGCUGAACAUUGCCAGAGAAAAUCAGAAGUUUACCCGGCAGGAGGAAGACGAAUCAUGCUACACUGAUACAAGGACUCAGUCACACACCAGUGGUGCUCCGGGCGACCCGUCACACACCAGUGGUGCUCCAGGGAAUGUGUCACAAACUAGUGUCAAUGCAGGGGACCCAUCACCCACCUAUACCACCUUUGCAACAGCUCCCUUGUAUGGUAACGAACACAUCAACAACCUACUCGAAGCUAGCGACACGAACGCUUACCACAUAUACGCCAAUAUCAACGAACUGGUGCCUUUUAGAUACGGACCUCUGAUCACCGGCCGUUCGACCAAUGAGCUCGUUUACCAGACCACCUGUUGAGCGCUGCCGGAGAGCUCGUCAGGGAGCGUUGCUUAGUCUUCCACCAUUGGUGACAACAAUAGAUUUCGUUUCAUAAUUUUAGGUGGCUAUUUAAGCUCAUUCUCAAGUACAAGACUGAAUGGUAAGAGAAACAUUGUUAUAGUUUCUAGAUGAUAUCCAUGGAAGGAUGGAAAUUAUGAGAAGGCGCUAAGCCAGUAUGACUACAUUUACUGCGUGGGAAGGAUAUGAGAUAUCUAAGAUUAUGAGGUAAGUUAAUUAUGAGGAGACUUAAGCACUAUGCCAGUAUUUAUCACAUGUAGAAGGAUAUGGGGAUAGGAGCCAGAAUAAGGGAAAAUGAAGAGAAAAUAUGUUACCUAUUCCUCAUCGAGGCCACCGGGGAUCGAACGCUGGACUUGCAAGAAGCAAGGCCGACGAGUCCGCGUGCUAGCCAGGGAAGGCAUGGAGAGGAAUCAGGAAGUGAGUCGUAGAGAAAGCGAUCUUCAGCAAGUGUGGGAAGCUUACUUUACCCAACACGUCAAACACCCAACGUAACCACUAAGUUUUUUAUUUAAUUUUUACGUUGCUAAAACGCUGCAAGAUCAUAAUUACGUUUAAAAUACGUUGUGGGUACUUUGUGUGGUUGUUGAGAGAGUGCAGAACUGUCCUAGAAGAAGGGUGCAAACAUAUAAGUUGUUUAUGUGUUUGGCACACAUAACUGCUCCACUGCCGCUUCAACCCAUCCUCUCAACUAAUAGGUCGUGUUUCUUACGUUGCAGCAGCCAACAUUACUCAUCUUAUUAAAAAAGUAAUGACUCACAAAUUUAUACGUUUUCGAUGUAUUGGACUCGAUAGGUUCAUUGGGUUGUUUGGGUUCGUUCGUUUAUGGAUAGGGAUAAAUGUAUGCGUUUUAGACGGAGUGGCAAAUUAAGAGUACUGGCUGGUGGCCGACGCCAAUAUCUCCGACACAGUGUAGCUGAGAGCGGCAUUUCUCCUGACGUCAGUGAGACGCAGUGGCCCCCCUACCAGAUAUAAAGGAAUCUCACCUCGUUACGAUGUGGCCUCAGUAAACUACGACGUCUUGGGAAAGAUCUUAGUUAACAGGAAAAUAUCUUCUGGAGACCUUAAACAAGUGACUCUUGUGUCAAAGGUUGCUGACUUGCAUGAAGUGUGUUGGGCGAUAUUUUCCCUUGAGUGUAUUGUGCUGUCAACAACCCCAAGAGACAACGACCACUACCAACCUCCAUCGGCCGUCUUAUACCUCAUCUCAUUCUGUGUUAUGCUUAUAAUACUGUAUAUUUACUCUCACUCUGCUUACAGGCUAUUCAUGCCCGUCCCACCUCUUGGUUGGCUUAAUCUUCAUGAAUCAAUCAAUCUCACUCUGCCUCCGGAGAUGUUGAUGAGAGCUUCAGCGAAACGCGUCCUUAAGCGUCACGUAUAAUGCCGAAAAAAACUGUUUAAUAGACUUGGGAAAGGAUUUUUUUUUAAUUUCCGUCCCAAGUGAAGAGGAACACAAAAAAUAUUGAACAUUCGUGAAAGAAUUAAUGACCUAACUGUAACUCACUCACUCUCUCUCUCUCUCUCUCUCUCUCUCUCUCUCUCUCUCUCUCUCUCUCUCUCUCUCUCUCUCUCUCUCUCUCUCUCUCUCUCUCUCUCUCUCUCUCUCUCUCUCAAUAUUAUGAUCGAGAUUUGUUUAAUUUGCAAAAUAAUAAAAGUAAAAUAAGUACGAGAUGUUUAGGAGCAGCCGCCAGGAUGAGUUUUAUCUUCGAGUUGUUGCUGUUUUUGAGACGCUUGUCCGGCACCACAGACCACCGGAUGUGUGUGUGUGUGUGUACUCACCUAUUUGUGCCUGCAGAAUCGAGCGUUGGCUCUUGGAUCUCGCCUUUCUAGCCUUCGGUUGUUUAAAACAAUGACCUUCUCCGUCAUACCUUGUUUUAAAGCUAUGAACAGUGUGUGUUUACAGAAUGUGCUCCUUUAGUCUAUUUCCCCACUACUCUCACGCUAAAAGAAAACUCUCUAGCAUUACUAUGACUCAUCUGAGUUUCCAGUUUCCACUGCACUUCUCCCAGAUAAUAUCUUAUUUUCCUGUAAUUCCCUGUCAUAUAGUCUGCCCUCCUUUUCCCAGACCUCUUGCUCCGUGGUCACAAUUUGACCACGGGGCAAGAGGUGUUUUUUCGCACGGGAAAACAUGACUCUGUAGAUCGACUGGUCACUGAGGCUUGCAGGAAAGAAAACACUGAUUAUGACGUUGGACUAUCUAAUGCAAUUGUUAGAAACAUACAAUUUAAAGAAAAUACUUCAGAUUUAACUAAGAAAUGCCCAGAGACCUGAAAGCUGCAGUAUUAAAAGCUACGAUAACUUUUGUAAUAAUUGGUACUUGUAUGGUCAGCACAGUAAUCGGACCAGGCAAUGUGAUGUAGUCAUUGCGAGAAUUCGCCUUGGUUAUAGGCACAUUUGGCAGGUUAGUGAGGUCGAGCCACUGCCAGAAUAUUCAGAUUGUUAAUUCUGUUACAAACCUUUAACGCAUUCACUAGAACACUAUAUUGUUGAAUGUGAAACCGUGAAAGAUUAUAGACCUCCUGGCUUAUUGUACUACCAACUGUGUAACUAUUUCAUUGAAUCUGAUGUACUGGACGACAUCUUAAAAUUUUUUCCAAAAUUUGCUUGUCCAUUUUAAAGAAUGAAGGACAAUUUUAUUUAUAUUAUUGUUAAGCUGCAUAUGUUUUGAACUCAUCCCUGCCCUUGUCUGGCAGUGCACAAUAGAAAGUUGCAUUUAUAUAUUCGUACAUUGAAAUGUGUAUACAGUAUAUAGUACAGUAUAAUGUAGCUGAUUGCAACCAUGAUAUUUAUAUUCUUCAGUAUACAGUUUAGACCUUUUGACUUGUGUAUGAUCCUCUGUCCUGUGUGACAGUGAUUACCACCAUUAUCCUCACUCUAAUAAGAUCUAAUUCAAUUCCUUAGAUAAGGCAAUAUUGUUAUUAUUUUUUGUCAAUAAAGAUGUUAAUAAUAAUGUUAUUA